AUGGGCUACGACGAAGCAGCCGCGCCGCUGGCGUCGCUCUCCAUCACACACGUCUACUACGACCCCAACGACCGCCUCUCCCUCCUCUGCGCCUACCUCGCCCUCCUCCCGCAGGCCCUCGGCGUCGUCUACCUCACCCUCAUCUUCGCCUCGCGCGAGGUCGAGGUCGCCCUCCUCUUCGCCGGCCAGCUCGCCUGCGAGGCGCUCAACUUUGCCCUCAAGCGCCUCAUCAAGGAGGACCGCCCGCGCCGCCGCAUCCUCGGCAAGGGCUACGGCAUGCCCUCCUCCCACGCCCAGUUUGUCUUUUUCUGGAGCGUCGCCCUCGCCCUCUUUCUUCUCAUCCGCCACCGACCAAACAACUCUUCCGGAAAGGUGGCGGCCGCCGCCCGCGUGGUGGUCAGCGCGGCGGGACUGCUGGUCGCGGCGGCCACGGCGUGGAGCAGGGUCUACCUCGACUACCACACGCCGAGGCAGGUGCUGGUCGGCGCGUCGUUGGGCGCGCUCUCGGCGGUGGCGUGGUUCGCGGUGACGGCGGCGCUGCGCGCGUCGGGGUGGUUGGCGUGGGCGCUGGAGCUGCCGCUGGCGAGGGCGCUGCGGGUGAGGGACUUGGUGGUCGAGGAGGACCUGGCCGACGCCGGCUGGGACCGGUGGGAGGAGAGGCGGCUGGCUAGGCAGAGCAAGAAGAAGGGCCCCAAGGCACAAUGA